CUUGGUCCGCCUUCGGUGCGUCUUCGGCCGCAGAGCGGGAGCGGGCGUGGAGCGGCGCUCGCCUAUCUGUCUCGGUUCCAUCCCCCAGAGAGAGAGAGAGAGAGAGAGCCGACGACGAAGAAAGCCUUGAAUUCCAAAACCCUAGCGUCCUAGCGAGCGGCGAGCCUUCUUUUUGCCCCCCCCCCGGCGGGGGAGGUUGUACUCUUGUUCUUGUCUGAUUGUAAGUACGGGAUAGGAGGGUGGAGAAUUAUGUCGAUUGCUUCCCGCUUGCAUCUUAACCAGAUUCAUCGUUCUGAGAUGCUAAAUUAUAGUAGCGGUGUGGAGUGUAAUGCUAUUUUGAAGGAGAGGCAGCUAAAAGUGAGGGGGAAUCUUUUGGGGUUGGGUGAUUUGGUGAGGAAUGCGGAGAGAAGGUCGAAAAGGCUGCAUUUCAAUGUCGUUGGGCCCAGAAGAGGGCAGCGGAUGGUCGUCGCUGCAAGCCCCCCUACCGAGGAUGCGGUGGUUAUGACGGAGCCUUUGACGAAGGAGGAUCUUGUUCAGUACCUUGCUUCUGGUUGCAAGCCAAAGGAGCAAUGGAGAAUUGGUACCGAGCAUGAAAAAUUUGGUUUUGAAGUUGCAACUCUACGACCAAUAAAAUAUGAGCAAAUUGCAGAUUUGCUCAAUGGUCUUGCAGAGAGAUUUGAUUGGGAUAAAAUAAUGGAAGGGGAUUACGUUAUUGGUCUCAAACAGGGGAAGCAAAGCAUUUCAUUGGAGCCUGGUGGCCAAUUUGAGCUCAGUGGUGCACCUCUUGAGACAUUGCAUCAAACUUGUGCUGAGGUUAAUUCUCAUCUUUAUCAGGUGAAAGCUGUGGCAGAGGAAAUGGGGAUUGGCUUUUUAGGAAUUGGUUUUCAGCCAAAGUGGGGGCGGAAAGACAUUCCUAUAAUGCCAAAGGGAAGGUAUGAGAUUAUGAGGAACUACAUGCCAAAAGUGGGUUCUCUUGGGCUCGAUAUGAUGCUCCGCACUUGUACAGUUCAGGUAAAUCUUGACUUCAGUUCUGAGUUAGAUAUGCUCAGAAAAUGCCGUGCUGGUCUUGCUUUGCAGCCUAUUGCAACAGCAGUGUUUGCAAAUUCACCUUUCACUGAAGGAAAGCCAAAUGGUUAUCUUAGCAUGAGAAGCCAUGUUUGGACUGACACAGAUAAUAAUCGUACUGGAAUGCUUCCUUUUGUUUUUGAUGACUCUUUUGGAUUUGAAAAGUAUGUGGAAUAUGCUCUAGGUGUUCCCAUGUAUUUUGUCUAUCGAAAUAAGAAGUAUAUUGAUUGUACGGGAAUGUCCUUCCGGGAUUUUAUGGAAGGAAAGCUUCCUUCGAUUCCUGGGGAGCUACCAACACUGAACGACUGGGAGAAUCAUCUAACAACAAUUUUCCCUGAGGUUAGGUUGAAAAGAUACCUGGAAAUGAGGGGUGCGGAUGGUGGUCCUUGGAGGAGAUUAUGUGCUUUGCCAGCAUUCUGGGUAGGGUUAUUAUAUGAUGAGGUUUCAUUACAAAAUGUUUUAGACAUGACUUCUGAUUGGACAGAACAAGAAAGACAGAUGUUAAGGAGAAAGGUACCGGUGACUGGCUUAAAAACACCAUUCCGAGAUGGACUGUUAAGACAUGUUGCUGAAGAAGUUUUAAAGUUGGCGAAGGAUGGAUUGGAAAGAAGAGGUUACAAAGAAGCUGGUUUUUUGAAAGAAGUGACUGAGGUGGUUAGCACAGGAGUUACGCCAGCUGAGAAGCUUUUGGAGCUGUAUCAUGGGAAGUGGGGUUGCAGCGUCGAUCCUGUUUUCGAGGAGUUGUUGUAUUGAUGUGUAAAAGAUCAAGGGCCCGUUCUUUUGUGGGAAUCAGAUUUAGGGCCUAAUAAUCCUCAUUCGGGAGGAAUGACCUUAUUGCUACCGUGGGGGUUGCCCCUCGAUGGGCAGAAAUUUCAUGAAGCGGGAAGAGAUUUGCCUGGGUAAUUGGAAGGUUAUGCUUGCAGAGAAAUGCUUUUCGUUGAUGGUGGUCCCUGUUUUUCAUUGGCAAUAUUGUAACCAGUUUGCUUAUCCAAUAAGUGUAAUCCAUCUAAUUGUAACCUAUCUAGAUCUGCAUGUCAUGGCAGUGUGAUAUAUAUAUAUAUUCAAGCCCGACCCAAUAACUUGUUGGGUCGUUAUCAUUUCCUUUGGAUUAGCUUCGCAUCAAGUACGUGGAUCCUCAGCCUUGUUGCCGCCACGAGUCACUUGUGCCAAUAUUUGGCAAAUAUAGUGAUUCACUCCAAACAA